CUUUUCUCACCAUUUGAAAUAUUAAAAUUGAGAACUUCACAAAAUGUGCAAGCGAAGGCCAGUGAGCGAGAGACAUGCAUAGUUAUUGACAGUGGGAGGUGGAAAACCGAGUUGACUCCCUCCCUUUCUACUUCUUAGAUAACCGACAGUGUGUGAAAUGAGGAAGAGAGUGGAGAGGAUCUCAGUAAUGCACUUAUGCACACAGAUAUAGGACAAGAAAACAUACACACCCAUGCAUUCUAAUGGACACGCAUUGCUGUUUUGAGACGCAAGAGCUGCUGCAGUUCCUGUUGUGUUUCAGUGUCAAUGGAAUACAGUGUAAAGUGCCGGCAGUACUCAGUCAUCUGAUCGUCUGAUCACUACACACACAGAGACAAAUAUACCUCUACACAUUUUUUCUGGGGAAGUCUGAGUUUUGGAAUAAUGACUGACUUCAGGAUGACCAAGAGUGGCCUUGUGUUCCUCAGUCCUCUGGCUGUUGCACAGGGUCAGAGGAGAAAACACAGCGAUAACUCGGACCUAUUUGCAAUGAUCGAGAGGAUCCAGGGCAGCAGAAUGGAUGAGCAGAGAUGCACUCUCCCUCCACCCCUCAAAACAGAGGAGGACUAUAUUCCUUACCCCAGCGUUCACGAGGUCCUGGGUCGUAAGAGCCCCUUUCCCCUAAUCCUGCUGCCUCAGUUCGGAGGCUACUGGAUUGAAGGGACCAAUCACAAACCAACUGCCACAGCUGAUCCUGAGCAGCAGCCAUGUGUUGCCUCCCACAUCAAGCUGGAGACCAAUAGCACAGCCAAGAUCUACAGGAAAGAGUUUAUGGGCAAGGAACAUUUCAACUACUACUCAAUGGACACUGCCCUGGGACACCUGGUCCUCUCCAUGAGGUAUGAAGUCAUCGGUGAACAGGAGCACCUUCGUUUGCUACUUAGGACCAAAUUAAAAACCCACCACGAUGUGAUUCCCAUUUCCUGCCUGACAGAGUUCCCCAACGUGGUCCAAAUGGCCAAGCUGGUGUUUGAAGAAGUAAAUGUGGACAGAUUUUACCCAGUCCUCUACCCAAAGGCCUCAAGGCUCAUUGUCACCUUUGAUGAGCAUGUUAUCAGCAACAACUUCAAGUUUGGAGUCAUAUACCAAAAGUUUGGCCAGACCACAGAAGAAGAACUGUUCGGCAACAACAAUGAGAGUCCUGCUUUUGUGGAGUUCUUGGAGUUUCUGGGAAAAAAGAUUGAGCUCCAUGACUUUAAAGGGUUCAGAGGGGGGCUGGAUGUCACCCACGGCCAGACUGGAACGGAGUCCGUCUACACUACCUUUCACAACAAGGAGAUCAUGUUCCAUGUGUCCACCAAGCUACCCUACAUUGAGGGAGACUCGCAACAGCUGCAGAGGAAAAGGCACAUUGGCAACGACAUCGUGGCCAUUUUGUUUCAGGAGGAAAACACGCCCUUUGUGCCAGACAUGAUAGCCUCCAACUUCCUGCAUGCCUAUGUGGUGGUGCAGGUGGAGAAUGCCUGCUCAGAAAACGUCACAUACAAGGUGUCUGUUACAGCGAGAGAUGAUGUGCCUUUCUUUGGACCUGCUCUACCAGACCCAGCCAUCUUUAAAAAGGGACAUGAGUUUCGUGAGUUCCUGUUCACCAAGCUGAUCAAUGCUGAGUUUGCCUGUUACAAGGCUGAGAAGUUUGCCAAGCUGGAGGAGCGCACAAGGUCGGCCCUACUGGAGACGCUGUAUGAGGAGCUACACAUCAACAGUCAGUCCAUGAUGGGCCUGGGAGGAGAAGAGGACAAACUGGAAAAUGGGGGUGGAGGGGGAGGGGGAUUCUUCGAGUCCUUUAAGCGGGUGAUCCGCAGCAGAAGCCAGUCAAUGGAUGCCAUGGGCCUCAGUAACAAGAAGCCACACACUGUCUCCACUAGUCUCAGCGGCAGCUUUACAGAGACCCCCAAAACCCCAGGGAUAUCAUUACUUGUCCCAGGGAAAAGUCCCAGUAGAUAUCACGGACGUCGCGGCAGUGCCAUAGGGAUAGGAACAAUAGAAGAGUCUCUGAUCAUUCCUGGGAAGAGCCCUACCAGGAAAAAGUCUGGGCCCUUCAGCUCCCGACGUAGCAGUGCCAUUGGGAUUGAGAACAUCCAGGAGGUACAGGAGAGGAGUCGGGAGGUAUCCCCCAGCACACAGAGGACUCCAGACAGUGGACACAUGUCUCAGGAUCCCAAAUCCGAGAACUCAUCUAAUCAGAGCUCACCAGAUAUGCCAACUACAAAAAACAGUUCGGCCAUGUGUUGCAGAGCUCCGUCCAUCCCUGAAGCCCAGGACCAUUCCCACUCCUCAUCCAAUGCCAGCAGCUUUGAAGAAUAUGACACUGGACUGGACAGUCUACCCUCUUCUGGAACACCACACAAGAGGGACUCAUUUGCAAACGUCUCCUGGGUAGAGGAUAGUGUGGGCAGUGCCAGUGCCCCCAGUCAGUCCAAGUCUUCUGCAUCUGCUCGGCACCAGCAGGAGGGCAAAGGUGUAGAGCUCAAAAGGGCAGAGAGUCGAGACCAGACAGAGCGGUCAAAAGACAAGUCAUUAUGGAAUUGUUAGCCUUUCCUAAUUGAUCACUACAUGGAUGUCCAUUAGAAGCAUUCCCAUAAAAGGCACCCCCUUGAGGAGAAUAAGCAAGUGCACUUGUUCUCCACCACAGACUUCGAGGAGGAGCAGAUCUAGUCCCUGGGACAGGCAGACUGACAGACCUGAUGUAGGCUAGUCUAGCCUGAACAGCCAUGUCCACUGCCACUUCCCAACGUCCCUCAUCCCAACUCCAUGUGGUUGACUCCGAGCAUGCUCAGAAGGGUGAGGGGGAGGAGUGGCCAACACCCCAAUCCAAAAGGAGUGUCACUCAAACAGCAUCGCCUCUUGUUGUUGUCUGUUGGCUCUCAUGCAUAAAUGUCUGCUCUUUGAAGCCUGUGUCUGUUCAUGCGGUUUCUCGUGGUAUUUCCUUGUCCUCUCAAUGGCAUUGUUUAUUGUUUUGUUUCAAAGGUGGAGGCAGGGGUAGAUCUUAAAGAGCCGACGGAUUUAUUCAUCAGGAUAUGAGUAGACAGUGUGAGACAUGGAAUUGGAAUUGUUCUGGAGCUGUCCUGAGACAUCCUCCUGUGGUCAUCGUGAUAUGAAGUUAUAUUAUUGCCCACCUCAUGGCCCACCAUGACACUGUCUGUGUGUUGCUGUCCUCUAUCCUCCCUUGUCACACCAAGCCUGGUGUUUUAUUAAUGGUCAGUUCUCAGUGUAAUGGUGGAUGUUGAAAUGUUUAGUAUGUGUUACGUGUUUUUGAAAGAAGGUACUAUUUGUUAUAAUGCUGCUGGUUUAUGAUUCCACUCAUGCUCAACUUAAAUCAUGUCUUUUUAAACUAGCAACUAAAAAAAUCUAUAGCUAAAGCUAAGCUACUGUCCAGUGAAUACUGUCUUCAGCUGUUAUUUAAAGGUUGACUUUGGAAAAAACCAACGGAAACUGUUGUGCUUUGCAUUAUGUUGAUAAGUUACUGACUGACACCUGUUGGGGGAUGGGGGUUAGGCAGUCUGUCAGUUAAUUUGAGCAUUGGAAAAGGAGCUACAGUAUAAACACUGCAAUGUAAAUUUGACAUUGAGCGCUAAAGCUGUUAUUUUAGCAAUUUUCCCUAAAGUCGGCCUUCCAAAGUGUUUGGAUGUGAUGUACAACUGUGCAUGGUGUGAAUAUGCUUGCAAAGCACAUCAACUGGUACCAUGCUGUAAUUGUUGUCGCUGGACUGCUUCAGUGUUUUCUGUGACUCCAAACCAGUCAACUUCUCAAAAGUAAUUCCACCAUGCAGAUAUUUCUUAAAAUGUAUUUUUUUUAGUUUUUUUUAUCAGUACCACUUAUGUUUUGAUUGAAAAAGAUGGAUACAUUGUGUAAUCCAAAACUACAUUUUCUGCUAAUUCUUCUUCUUUAAGUAAUCAGACAAAUAAUUACACUGUGAAAAGUUGCCUUUUCAAUGAUUGUGCUAAGUAUGUUGGUUUGUAGGAGGGUAACCCCCUCCAUAUAAGAACCUAUCCCAAUGUGGAUAUCACCAACUGGUUUGAAUGUAAAUCUAAAAAUAUAUUUCUUAAUUUGUAGAUAUCUUUUCUCAAUGAAUGAACCCUGGGUUUCUCAGAAAAUAAAAAAUGUUGUCUGAGUAGAGACAAUGUCUGCUGUAUUGUGAGAUAUAUGAUGAAAAUAACUGGUGUAAAGACAGCUGUUAUCACUUUUUUCAAUUACAUUAAGAACCAAUAUGGAAUUCAGUAUACUUUGUUCUCAUACAAAACUUUGGAAACAUUUCAGUUGACUUUAUAUGAUCCCUGCGUUAGUAAGAAAGACUACAUCAAACAAUCUGUCAUUUAAUAUAUUUUUUAAUAAUGGUUAAUUCAGAAGUUUCUUAAUGUUAAGAGAGCCUUAGGAGUCACAUUGUCUAUUGCAGGCACUGAAACUCGAAAACUAAAUCUCAAACUACUCACUAGUCCUUGGAAAUGCUUGAAUAUUUGGAUUACAAUAUGUAGACGAUAAAUAUUAUACGUAAAUCUGGGAUGGUGCAUUUAGUAUAUGUUACAUUAGGCAACAUUAUAUCAGAAUUGUAUUAUAUGAUAUGAAUUAGAUUUUUUUUUAGGUAUUAAUUCCCAAUUGUGUUUCCCAGGCUAUUGUACAUACAGUAUUAGCCUGGAACAACAACCAAUAAAAAAUUUAAGACAGAGUCAAAGCCCUAGCAAACCGCCAUUGUAUUUAAAUGUAAAAGCGCUCACCGCUGCCCCAAAUGGCCGUAUUAAAAGUUACAUACACUAAUUGGAGUGUCACAGAUUUACAUAUACUAUGCUAAGUCGAUUCUCUAAGACUGGCUUGAUUUGUUCCAUUUUAUCUGGCUUUGCAAAAUUUAGACUGAGCACCUAAUCUAUCCAAACAAAGUAUUCACAAUGCAAUGUGCUUGAUUCAGAUGAUUGUAAUUGUGUUGUCAUUUAGAGUCUGCUUAAGCCCUUGUACAAGUUUGAAAGUCUUGUUUGUAAAUAUUGCUUUUCACCUUUUUGUAAAUAAAGCAAAGAUAGUACUG